AAUUAAUGAACGAUAAGAAAGUUAAAAAAAUAUAAUGUUUAUUUAUCAAGUGUGGAAAAACGAAAAAAAAAAAUUAGCAAAAAAAAUUAAAUUUCAAAUGAAAUUCAGAUAAUAAUGUUAAAUAGACAAUAAGUGGACUAGACAACCCGCUGUGAACAUAUAAAUAGUCAAAUAAUUUUGGUGAAAUGUGCAGAAUUCAAUUAAAGCUGAGAACUACCUUAGGGAAAGACAACUAACUUGGAAUCAAUUAACAUUAAAUAUUCGAAAAAGAACUCCUAUCAAAAUGUUUAAUUUCUUAGCAAUUCUGCUAUUUUUGGUAGUGGGGAAAGUGUGUAGUGUUCCUUUAAUACCGCAAAUUGGUGAUGAAGAAGAAAUGGUAGAAGUUUUUGCCAAUACUUUAACUAAUGAAGCACCGCAUUUAAAGGAUGUAAUCGAUUUGAGUUUCUAUGGCUCAGCAAUUUAUGGCGAUCCCGAUGAUCAGCAUACAGCUCAAAUGGUGGCAAAUUAUACACCAGAAGCAUUUGAUGUUAAUCCUGAAGAAUUGGGUACGUAUUUGGAAGGCGAUAUCUUGAUACCCAAAAAGAAGAUAACAACGAAAAAUGGUUUAACUUCACAAAGUUCUCGCUGGCCUAAGGGCAUUGUUCCCUAUGAAAUUCGUGGUAAUUUUAAUGCUCGUGACAUGUCUAUUAUUGAGCAUGCGAUUAGAGAAUAUCAUCGACGCACUUGUAUACGUUUUGUACCACGCAGUAAUGAGCAGGAUUAUGUUUCCAUUGUUAGUGGCAAUUCGGGCUGUUGGUCUUCGGUGGGACGUGUUGGUGGUAAGCAAGAAGUGAAUUUACAAUCUCCUGGUUGUUUAACUAAACCUGGUACGGCCAUACAUGAACUUAUGCACGCUUUGGGUUUCUUGCAUGAACAAAAUCGCGAGGAACGUGAUUCAUAUGUAUCCAUUCAAUAUCAAAAUAUUCAACCAAGUGCCAUGUCCAACUUUGAUAGAGCUGCUAAGACCGUAGCGUUUGGUAUACCCUACGAUUAUGGCAGUGUUAUGCAUUAUUCUGCCAAUGCUUUCUCCACUAAUGGUCGUCCUACUAUUGUUCCUAUGCAAAACAUGGGUAGAGCUAGAAUGGGCCAACGUGAUGGAUUUUCUGCAUUUGAUGUGGAAAAACUAAACAAAAUGUAUGAUUGUGGUUAUGGUGGUGUUUCAGCACCUGCUCCAACUCCUGCACCUAUUCCAGCACCUGUUCCAAUUCCAGCUCCAAAUCCAUUACCCGCUCCUGGCGGUCAAGGCAUAGACAACAGCAUAGUUACCAGUUUCGUUAGUGGUUUGUUGAGUGGAUUAGGUUUAGGCGAUGAUCCUUUAUCUUAAGCAUUAAAAAGAAACUUAUUAAACGUUUCAUUCUAUCCAUGACAGGACAUUUGACAAGUAUUAAACAUUUUAUAUUUGUUUCGCCUUUAGAUUACGUAGAUGUUAAUUUUAUACCAAAGUAUUUUAUUUUAAUUGCAAAUAAAAUUUAUUUUUUAAUUAUUUAGAAAGCAACGAAAUUGAUUUUUUUGCCGGUUCUUUAAAAAUUAAAAUUUUUACUAAAUAUACAAGUUUUCACUAGAAAUUUAAAAACUCACUAAAAAUAGAGAAUUUUCGUGAAAAUAAACUACUGUAUUUACAUUACCAAUUGCAUACAUAUUUGAAAAUGUGUACUUUGUUUAAAAAAACCCAAAAUAUCGCUCCAGUAACAUAGUUCCCUAAUUUAAAGAACCUUCAAUUGAUUUAAUUUUACAAUUAAAAACUCGUGUAAACUUGUUAAGGGUCGUGAGGUAUAUGACUUUUGAAAAAUUCCAUACCAAUGGAAAAUGUUUUUUUUUUUUCUUUAAAGACAAACAACACCUUGUAAUUGAACUUGAAUUAAAGUAAUGAUAAAUUCCCAUAAACCUUUAACCAAAAAAAAAAACAUUUCCGUUUUUUCUGUUUAUUAUGUGUAUUUAGUUUAUGACUGUUUUGAUAUUAGUGAAUGAAUUUCACAAAAAAAUUAUUAUUGAAACACUUGUAAAACAAUACAAAAUAGCCAAAAGGGUGCAGGAGUCAAUAACCUUAUAAACCAAGUUAACAACAACACUCAAGUUUAUUUGAUGUUGGGAAUGUCGAAGAAAUAACAACAAUUUAAACUAAACUGAUUUAGGAGAAAUUAUGCAUUGAAACCACAACAAAAUUAAAAUAAUAAUUAUAUACAUAAAAAACCAAAAUACUCACCAAAAAUAACUAGAACAAAUAUUUAUUUAAAUUAAAUGUUUAACGGCUGUUUAAACAAAUAAAACAUAACCAUAAUA